CAACAAUAACGACAGAAGUUCAUACUAAAAAACAAUGAGCAUAACAUUCUACAAAAUAAGAAACAAGAAUAAAAAUAAAAUGCAUUUACCAUGAACGAAUGCUUCUUCAAACACAGCAGAAAUACCAAUGCCGCUACGUAUCACUAUCAUAUUUAUAUGACAGCCAGACUCACUAUCCACAAAAUUGAUACUAUCUUUCACAAAUAAAUGUUCAAAACCUUCUUUUUCUAAAUCCUUGUAGGAUUUCCAGCCAUUCGAAAAAACAGUUGUACCAAGCUCAGUUCGCUCUUUAAUAUACUGCAUCAGAGUUUCCUUACUUUUAUCAUGCACAGGCACCGUAAAUAAUAUCCCAGACCCUCUUUUUUCACACCUUCAAAUACCCACUGCCCAUCAACAGGAUGGCCACGAUAUUUCUUUUUGCCGAACUUCGACUCGUCAGCUUCCACCAUUCUAUCUUUCCCUCCUAUCUUCUGAGACACAGAGCAUACAAAGUCCAGUAUACAUAAAUCAGUCAUAAAUCACUUAAAUACCACACAUCACACGAACCAACUAGCAACCGAAAUCCAAGUUUCCAUAUAAAAAGAGUUACCAUCGAAACCAACAACGCGCUAAAAACCAGUACACAACACGUAUCGCCGCAUUUGGCGACCAGAGGGCGCAUAUAAGAGUAGUACCCUCAUUUUUUUUCCUCCAUAUAAUUAUACGCCUAUCAGAAACAAAAAUGUUAAAUUUGCUGUCAUCUUAAGACAUGCUUCCAAUAUGCUUCAGGCUUAUUUACCAUUGAUUUUACAAAAGAAAAGCCUAAGCUUUCUAAUUUUGCACUUCCAAAAAUUUUCUUUGAGCAGAGCACCUAUGUAAUACAGCUGAUCUGAGUACUCGAACAGUAGAUAAGUUUUCAGUAAAUUCUGUAGAAAUCUUUACAACACUCAGUGAUUUUUCACAGUUUUUCUAACUAUAAAUCUCUGAUCAUGAUGAGUCAUGUCAAGUCCUUUUUGUCAGACAACCUCUUCUUACUUUAUUUUGGAUCCAGUUUUCUUCUUUAAAGCAUUUUUUCACAUACUGCACCACAGAAUUGGGGAAAUUUAUUAAUUUAGUGAUAUCCCGAAUUGAAUUUUCCUCCUUAUGAUAAAAAAUGAUCAAUUUUCGAAUGCUGUUCGCUGUUUCCUUAUGGUUAUAAGCCAUUUUUAAACAUUAAAUAAAAUAUAGCGAAGUAAGCAAGCAAAAUUUAGCUUUAAACAAUUUUUUAAAUGUCAAAAAAAUGCAAAAAUAAAAAAAAGGUGGUAGAUAUUAUUUUAUUUAUGAAAUUUUAUGAAAAUGUUUUGUUGUACGAUCACUUUGGUGGCAUGUUUUACCUCCUUACAUUUUUCAGCUUUUAGAAAAAGAAAAUAAGUCAAUAUUUGAAAUUAAAAAGUUUGGUUUUAUUCAAAAUUACAUGGAGAUGAUAUGAAAACAUAUUGGACUUUAUAUUUGAAUUCAAUUCCGGGUUACAGCACUUUUUCUGCAAAUUGUGAAAGUGUGCAAACACUUUUGGGAGACACUGUAUAUGCCUAGAGGAAAGAUGAGCGGACUGAAAUCAUGAGAUCAGAAUUUUAAUUAAUAUUUUAUGGCAGAUACUUGUAUGAGAAUUUUCAGUGUUAUUUAUUGCAAUUUACUGCACAUUUUCAAUAAGAUUGGCUGUUUGAAUGGGUAAAAAUAUAUUUCGGGGUUUGGCCAGCAAGGCAUAAUUUCAAGAUAGCCGCUACACAAAGCAAAAAUAACAAGUCUAAGAAUUGCACAGACUCUGGGAUCUGUGUACACAAAUAUCUAGUUUCACUUGAAAAGUCAUGAGAGAAUUGCACAAACUCGGCAAUACGAGUUUUGACUUUGUCUUGUCCUUGACUUUGUCUAUGUACACAUCGAUCUAUUUUCACUUAAAAAAAAAAAAAAAAAUCAGGAGAAUGAUGAUGUCAUAUAAUGUUAAAACAAAGUUACUCAUCACCCAAAUUGAACAAAAUUUGUAGCCUAUCAAAGCUCAGUAAACUCCAUUUUAAAUCACUCAAGGAAAGGGGCACCCAAAAAUAAAAAUCUGUGAAGAAACCCAUUUGGUAAAUUCCAAGGCAGAGCAAGAAUAAUGUUUGGAAGAGGGUGAAAUGAACACGUGUCAUUUUGCGUUUGAUUCAUCUGCUGUUUGAAAAAUAUUUGCAAAUUGUUUUAUACUCUGAAACCUGAAGAAAAUGGGAGUUUCAUUUGAAGCUGAUAUUACAACUUUACUGAAAGAAAAGAAAUUUGAGAAAGUACUUGAGAUCCUUAAAAAUCUGGAAAAUGAUAAUGAGGUGACAAAUAAUGUGUGGAAUUUAGUUAGUAAUAUCUGUUCAACAUUAAAAACAAAUGACUUGGUUCAAGAGGAAUCUGAUGUUACUCUUUGCAAAAAAAUACUACUCCAUCUUGUUGACAGAGGUAAUCCCAAAGAACUUAUUAUAGCACUAAUGGAGGAAGCUGACUCCUUUAAGGAUCAUUCAUAUUUUUGUCUGUUGUUGGAUCCGUUGCAAAGAGUAUUAAAGAAGGUUCCUGGGAAACGAGGUAAAUCUUUAGAAUGGGUAUUAUCUACAUUAAAUGCUCACAUUCAAACUUUGCCUUUGCCAGAAGAUUUAGAUCUUGAAGGAGAUGAAAAACUUUUUUUAGAUGCAGAUUCAUCUGUCAUUGAUACAAAUUAUGUAUUAGAAAAUUAUUACCUUUUUUUAGAACCUUUUGUAGAUGAAGUUUCACAUGAAACACUGUCAAAGAAAGAACAUUAUUUUAUUGAUCGCGUAGCUCAUCAACAAGAAAUUUUGCAAAAGCAUAUAAUAAAACUUUUUCAUCAUCCAUUUUUAUAUCAUGAUCUUUAUGUGGAGUCAGAGGCUCGACCAAAAAGCACAAUACGAGUAUUAUGUGAAAAAUAUGUAAAGUGUUUGUUAAAAAUUACUCGAAAUGUUAUUAACUUAUUCAGUUAUGAUAGAAUCUCAACCAAGACACAUGAUUCUACUCAGGAUGAACAAGAUGUUGAUCAAAUACCAAAACUAGCUUUUGCAAAUCUAGCAUACUUACUAUUUGUUGAAAAUGUUGCAUUAGAUUUCCAACCAUACGUUUACAGCCAUCAAUAUGUAUUUGUAAAGUACAUGGAAUAUGUUAUUAUCCUUUUGUCAAGGAAAGAAAAUUUAGUUUUAUUUAAAGGACUAAAAUUAGCUCAAUCUUUCAUUGAUAAGUUUAAGGAAUUUGAGCUUUCAUAUGAUUACAUAGAGUUGGAAAUCUCUACUCGUUUUCCAGUUGCACUUCUAAAUGUUGCAAUUUAUUGCCAAAUAGAAACUCGCCGUAAAACAUCAGUCAACCUGUUUUUGAGUUACAUAAGUAAAUGUGAUUGGAAAAGUCGAUAUCAUUUAAUUAUGCAGGUGAUUACCACCAUAAAUCAUUCUGGUGUCCAAGGAUUAGUUAUUAAUUUAUGCAAGAAUUAUGUGCAUGAAACUUUAACUGGAAAUGUUAUUGGUGAUUACUUUGUAGGAAGAAACUUAAACUUAAUUAUGAGAAAAAUUUUUACUUUAAGCGAUGGUGUUGAAACUGAUAUUCUUGAAAAUUGUGAUAAAAUAGUUACUGCUUUAAAUUUCCUUAGAUAUCUCUUAUUAAAAGAUCUGAACAAUCUUGGUCAAACUGGGGUAUGGGAUAUGAUAGACUUUAUAAAAGAAAAUUUUAUCCAUCCUUUGGCUACUGGUCUUGAUUUGUCAAGGGCUCAUUACAAGCAAGUUGCAAAGGAUGCUCGUGAAGCAAAGAAACAGAAGUCUGUAAAUACAACUGUUUCUGUUAACAAUGAAGUAUUGCCGAAUAUCCCACUGAACUUCCAGAAAGAGGUUUUUGAAAAAGCUCUCGUCACUUUUGAUAUGAUCGAAAGUAUUUUAUCUCGUGUUAAAGAACUUAUUUUGUAUUAAAUCUGUAAUAUUGAUUGUGUUCAUCCAUGUUUUACAUUUCACAAAAGCUAAAAUAGCUUUAUUUUCCCCUGCCGUUUGGUAACAAAUGUUAAGUUUGAUUUAAUUAUUGAUUGUGCUUACCAUGCGUCUUGCAUUUUACAAAAGGUAAUAUAGCUUCUUUUUCCUCCCUACAUUUUGAUAACAAAUGUUAACAUUGAUAUAAUUGAAUACUUUUUUAAAUUUGUAAAAAUGAAUGCAUACGUUAUGUUGUAUAAAUAUGAAGAACAUUUCUGUAGUAAUUAAAAUUAUUUUAACAGUGUUGUUUUAAGGCAUGUCUUAAUAGAAUGAUAGUCUGAAGUUUUUCUUAUGAAUAAUGUAGUCUUCAUCAUGAGAAUUGGAAAAAGUCCUAAAACUACCGAAAACAAUAGAGAGUUUUUUUUUGUUUUUAAAUUGAGGAGGAGGGUAAGAGAUGAAUGUUUUUUGUGAAAUCUGUUAUCUUUAUAAUAGUGCUUUUAGUAUUUAAGUUUAUAAACAUCACAACUUAAUAAAUAGCCUAAUGUUGAUUUAUUUUUUUUACUUUAUACAUGCACGUAAGGUAUAAAAUAAGAAAGAAAAGCACAUAAAUUACUAACUUAAUUUGACAAGAGUCUUUUUAAUUUCCAAUUUUAUUUUAGCUACUUCUUCAUUCAUAAUCUGUACUGCCGUACUUUCAUUUGCAAUGAACAGUGUUUUAAAGCUCUUGACCAAUCACCAAUAAAAAAUUUGACAAAGUA